AUGGCAUCUCACACAAGUGCCCGUGACCUCGUCAGGAGAAUUGCAAAAGGCCACGGCCAUUUGGGCGAAAAGACUCUUCAACGUAUGGACCCGGAGACCCGCCGGGAGGUCGAGGAAGCCAUGCUGAAAAAGGAUGAGCUGAUCGGGUCUACUGUUAUAACUCUGGCCAAAAAUGUAUACAACAGCAGCGCCAGAUUUGUCUUCGAGCUCUUGCAGAAUGCGGAUGAUAACAGCUACUCCCGAGCCAGAUCGCGUUCAGCAACCCCCUACGUUUCGUUUCAAGUAUAUCCCCGGCAAAUAGUCCUGGAGUGCAAUGAGGACGGCUUUACGCAUGAGAAUUUGGUUGCCAUCUGCAAUGUUGGACAGAGCUCGAAAUCGGGUGCCCAGGGCUAUAUUGGAGAGAAAGGCAUCGGAUUCAAGUCAGUCUUCAUGGUGGCUUGGAAGGUCCUCAUACAGUCAGGAGAGUUUUCUUUCUACUUCCAGCAUAGGAUAGGCGACUCGGGAAUGGGCAUGAUAUCACCCAUCUGGCAGGAGGUUGAGGAGAAAGUCCCGGACGGUAUAACUCGCAUUACGCUAUUCUUGCAUGAUAGAGGGCCAGAUGAGGUCCUGGCGAGGCAACGGGAGACAACGCUUCAGCAAUUUCGGGAUCUCCAAGCCACCUUUCUCUUGUUUCUGAAGAACCUCAGAAGGAUCGAGGUUCGGACUUAUAACGACUCGGAAGAGCAAACUUCAUCUGUGAUCUAUUCAAUGCAUUACUGGCCGUACCAUCUGGUCAAACUUGCAAAGGAAACACAGAGGGGAGAAACGACCCAGGUUGACAUUCAAAACUUCCACAUCACCAAAAAAAUCGUUAAAGGUCUUCCGAAAAGUGAAAAUCGAAACUAUACAGAGGCUGAGGAUUUGAGCAAGGCGUAUGCAAACGCCGAGAUUGUACUCGCGUUCCCAUUGACUCCAGACUCUAUUCCGGUUAUUGAACCACAGGAUUUCUUAAUUCAUGCGGAUUUUGUCACAGAUGCCAGUCGGCAGGAUAUUGUUCGAUCCUCCGCUCGCAACCUCAAGCUCCUCGGCCGUAUUGCUCGGGUAUUCGUGAAAGCUGUGUCGCAAUUUUGCCAGCAUAUAACCCUGCGGCACCAGUGGAUGCGUUAUCUUCCCCAAGCUAAUGAAACCCAUUGGGACUAUUUUUGGGCCCAGCUACUUGACAACAUCCGCCUUCACCUUUCAAGAACCCCGGUCCUGUGGACCAAAAGUUACAGCGAACUGCGCUGCAUCGGGGAUAUGCGAAGACUCCCAUCAUAUAUGUUGGACAAAAAUGGAGAUCCCCUCCUAGUGGAUUUGAGGCCUGAGCAAUACCUCGCUUCUGAAUAUCCAACGAAGGAUUUGGACCUUCUCGAAGGCUAUGGACUUCUCUUGUUGGACGAGGCGGGGUUCCUCGACAGAAUUCGUCAGGACCUUGACAGGGGAGAGUUCUCUGUGGUACGGUCAUCCUUUGACGACGACUGGCAUUCUCGUGUGGCAAAAAUUUUAAUUUCUGCCUUUUCAGCGAAUUCAGAACGGAUGAAAGUUCUUUCAUUUAUUCCGUUGAUUGACGGAGAAUGGAAAUCAGCCCGGUCGAUCAUCGACAAACCCAUCUAUUAUUCGCACUGCGCAGGGUAUCCGAUCCCGACUAAUAGAGGGUGGAACUUGGUUAGCCCGAUUGCCGAGAAGAUCCCAGAACGUAGUCUACUAUUUGGUCUGCUUGGAGUCCGGAGACUCGAGGUAUCCCGUGUUCGACGAGCGAUUAUAAGAUACAUUUCCAAGGACUUCGUUAAUCCCCAGAAUUCCCGUCAGAAUUUGCACUUCCUUUAUCUUACUGCCCGUGUUGAUCGUUCCACUGACUCUCCACCCGACUAUGACGGUGUUUGUCUGAUAGACCGACAGAACAGGAAGCGGCAACCGCAGAAGAGUACGUUCUUUUUCCCAGGCAACAACCCGUACGGUGCCGAGCGAUUACUAGAGCCUAUAGAGCCAAAGGGAACCGGCAAAGUUGCUCCAGGCCUUGAUGUAUCAAUACUCCAUUCCCAUUACAUGGAGGACUGUCCGACGCCACCAGAGGGUAAAGGCCGAACCUGGAAGACGUGGCUGAGUGAAAUGCUGCAUGUCCGUGAUACCGUUCCCCUCACUCGCUUUGGGAGGCUGAGUGAAGAGUGCCUCUACAUAGCAAAGCACCGUCCGGAUCAUUUCUUGGGCUUCUUAGUGAACUCCUGGGAGUCUGAGGGCGCCACUGUCAUGGCGGAUCGACAGCUGAUAAAGGAGUUGCUAGACAUUAAUGCCCUUUGCGAAAGCGGAGACAUGUACCCUCUGGGUAUGGCAUAUGUACCUGCUCCUGAACUAGCCUAUGCCAGGCAAUUCCUUCUGGAAGACGACUUUUUCCCGUGGAUUCAAGUGGACGCAUCUCUGCGCAAAAGCGCCUGGCUUUCCGCCUUGAGUGCCAUGGCUAAGUCAUUGGGUUUUGGGUUUCCACGGUCGGAGCUGGAGUUUUACCUUGCCGUUCUACGCUUUAUCGCCAAGGCCUCCUACAAAGUUGAAGGCCCACUGAUAGAGGCUGAUCGAUUGUUUGAUCUGUAUUUUCGAAUUCAAGCCCGAUACAGCGAAUCUGCGACUCCAAAUAUCAGUGGUGAUAUAAUUAGGAAAAUUUUCAUGUCCGAGAGACUCGUGUAUGUGCCCCAGCUUGGUGAUCAGCAUGCCUUCUGGACCGAUCCCAAGUGGUCUUUAUGGGAAGCGCCUGAAGACAUGAUUUACAAACCCUCUCUAAAAUCCCGAUAUGAAAACGUCAAGAAUGGGAUAUACCUCGCCGAAUUUUUUCAAAGCACGCUUGGCAUACCAAAUGCUAGCUUAGAUGAUUUCAUGGAUGAGUUGCUCGAACAAAAUGCGAAUGGUUCUGUUAACCUCGACCAUAUAUGCAAAUUGUACUCGGAAAUUGAUAAGCUAACGCAGGAGAUGAACCCUGGCGUUGCAAGAGCAGUCAGGGAGAAGUUCGAAGAAUGUCAGCUUAUUUAUUACACAGAUGGAGACGACGGCGAUUGGCACCGCCCAUCUCAGUGUCUGUGGUCGACAACUACUGACAUCAAAGGGAUGGUGGCGCUGAACGACCUGUACGAGGACCUCUUCAGCUUUUUUGUCGAGCUUCUGGGUGUUCGCACGUUGACACUUGAGAUGGUUCACGAUAAACUGGUUGAGCAAGGAAGGGGCCAAACGUCCAUCAACGAGGUGAAAGACACGAUAUGGCUGCUGAAUUCAUACCUCCAAGGCGAGGAAGAGCCUCCGAGUCCCACGCAGGCGCUUGCAAGCAAGGUGUUUCCAGUCCGAUACCCCGAUGGUAUUGUCAGUCUUUGCAGCUCCGUGGUGGAGUUUACCAUAUUUGACCGCAAGCACUUGUCGCAUUAUUUUUCCGACCAAGUCAAGUCACUUGACUUUGAGCUCAACGAGUUCCCACGCCUGGCACCAUUUCUCCGAUGGGCUAGGCUAGAGGCGCGAUAUCUGUCAUCAUCUGUCAAGGAGAUCUCGGCGCAUUCUGGCGAAUCCCACAGAUUGACUUCACCGGGCCGAAACAUCGCUCAGAAAGCCCAUGGUCUGCUCCGAAUCGCUGUGCAUUAUCAGAGUCCACGUGCGAUAAAGAACGAGGCCGGAUUUUACGAGAUUCUCAAGAACAUUGAUGUUAGUGAGACAGAUGGCAUCACCUCGGAGUUACACCUCAAUCAGGACGGGAAGGAUAUCAGAGUUGAAGUCGCCAAAAGCGAACUACACCUCCAAGAAGACGGGUCCGCACUAAAGAUAUAUGUUCCGAGGAAUGAGAAGGCCCAGUACCUAUGCUUCCUUGACAGGAUGCCCAGGGCCCUUUUAGAUUGGAUCCUUACCGAGCCGUCUACGGGGAUCUCUGAGCCAUUCGACGAGAGGGCUCUGAACGUGAUGCAAAAUCUCAUACAGGCAUCGAGUGAAUAUGUGUCUCUAGCUCUUGACAGAGCAGGGAUCUUGUUAGUUGAAACGCCAGAAGAUCCGAUUCAUAUCGACAUGGAAGUUACUGCCCUUCCGGACGUGACGGCCACCGACGGCACCCACACCACACGGGCUACCGUUAGUAGCGACAGUGGACAUGUCUCGGUCUGGAAUUCAGAUGACUCCACUUCUUAUGGGCCAUAUGAUGCCCCGAUUGAUAUCCCCGGAGGCACUACCCCAUUUCCAGGAACAGCACGCACUUCCCUUGGUGGGUUGGGUUUUUCUGCACGUUCCGCGCAAACAACGACUGGUCACAUCGUUCCUCGACAAUCUGAUCUUGAGCCUGUCAGUCUGCCGGCGGAUUCAGAAUAUCACAGACUCCUUCGUCACGUUGUUUCUGCCGCCAGGGAUGCUGUGUUUCCGAGCCGAGAUCCUUUCGAUAUGGCAGCACUCAGUCAUGGUCUGGACGCUUAUUUUUCCGAAGGUGGCGACUAUUUCCGGCUCCGUACAAUGGAAAAAAUUGAACGUGAUAAGCGCAUUGGGGCAGCAGGAGAAUUAUUUGUCUUUGAAUUGUUGUCACGCUUAGCCCCGACGCUGCCGGACUUCUCUCAUGAUAAUUGGCAGAGUACAAUUCGUCAUUACGUGAACGUUCACGAAGAUUAUGAAGAUCUGGCUCCGUGGAAUGGGCGAGAGACAGCGGAUAUAUUAUAUGCUGACAGAGACGGCAUCUUCACUGCCCUAUUGGUUGACAAGGGGUACUUACACGCAGAUACCUGGGUAGGACGACGACCUACAUACUAUCUCGAAGUCAAAGCAACAACGAUGUCCUGGGAAACCCCAUUCUAUAUGAGCAAAAAUCAGUAUAAAAGAGCUGCCGGCGUGCAAGCUGUUCCUCAACAGUAA